GUAAACACAAAAUGACAUCUCGAGUCUGGACGGGAUUCACGGACGAGGAUAUUAUUAAUUUACAAAAAGGAAAUGGCACGCAGAAUGCUAAAGUUAAGAAGCAGACACCUCAUUUGCGGCAGGCCAAGCUGCAGGGCGGAGCCAAGCAACCACCACGGGAGAAACUGGGGAUUUCGAAGAUGGGAAAAACACCCCACAGUUACACACCCAUCCCCCCCCAGGCUAGGCUCUCAGAGUCGAAGGAACAAGACUACCCCAGUAGUUCCUCUCCGUCAUCAGAGCAUCAUAGUCCAGAGCAUCUUCAGAGCAGCUCACAGUCUGUCUCCCCAACACCCCCCUCACCCUGCAAAUCACCCACAGGAAGUCAUGCCAAGAAUGUCAAAAUCCGCGUAAGAGAGAACAAUUCCUAUGAAUUAGUGUCCACCAACGGCACAACCACUCCAGACCAGCUUGACAAUCAGUCCGAGAGCGAGAAUUUGAUUGAAGAUAAGAUGGAUGAUGGUAGUGGAAGGGGAGAGGGUGUGACACUGGAAAUGUUCCAGAAACGACAGAAAAUGAUGGAAGAACAGAACAGACUGAGAAGAGAGAUGCUUGCCAAAGCUAUUGCAGAUAGGAGUCGCCGCACUCAGUCAGAAGCUCAAAAACUGAAACAGAUCCAAGUAGAGUUGGCAAAGUUGGACUCUCUUCUCUCAACUGAUGUUUCUAUACUGCGAGACCAAAUAGAAGUGGCCAGUUUGGAAUUCAGUGAAGCACAGAAGAGAUAUGACAAAGCUGAGCGGGAAUUCAUUGAGGCUAAGCUCCAGCUGUUCAACAAGCUGGAGAAGAAGGAACUGCUGACGGAACACCUUUGCCGCAUCAUCGAGGCCAAUGAGCAGAGGAAGGCCAACAAACUCUCCGAGCUCAUGGCCAAGCUGGAGAUGGUUGAUGUGUCUGCCGAGCUGCCCGAGCCCAGUCCUGGAGAGGUUCUGCCACAACUAGCCAGUCUUGAUGAGAUCACAUACACAGCCUGCACAACCUUGAAAGACCCAAAGAAAACUGCACUUACAAUACAGCAGAUUCAAGCAAAGAACAAGGGAGACCACCCAAAACCCACUCUAAAAGAGGAACCUCAGAAUGAAAAAGGUAAGAAGGAUACAGAGGAUAAACAAGAGGCACAAGAGAGUGUUGGGAAAAAAGAAGAAAAUGAGACUGUACAGGAAAACAAAGAUGAUGGAGAUCUGAAAGAAAACAGUACUGACAGAACAAAAGAAACAAAAGAAAGUCAGGUGCAAAUUCAGGCAGAAAGUGAAAAAGACCCUUCAGCAGGGGAAGGCAGUAAUGCAGAAAGUUCCAAGAAAGACAAUGACAAAAAGGAGAUGAGAAAUGAAGGGGAAGAACAUGAAGAAAAAGGGAUGAUAGAGGAGGCUGAGAAGUGCCCUAAGGAUGAACAAGAAGCCUCGAGUCUCCAGAGCAUCCACGAAAGAGUUGGUGCCAAGGGAGAAACCUGAGCAACGAAAGAGGCCUUU